AUGGAUCUUGCUCGUUUUGAUUGUCAUCCAGACGAUGGUGCAUCUCAAGAGAGAUGUGAAGCACGAAAAUGUUGUUGGCGAUUACCUAUGCAACAAGGAAAUUUGACAGAAAAGCAUCGAACUAAUUUUCAAGAUAUAAGUGUUCCAUGGUGUUAUUAUCCAUCGGAUUUUCCAACUUAUUCAAUAGUAUCCAAUGAAACAACAGAUUUUGGACAACGAAUUCGCAUCGUCAAGUCACAAACCACCUUCAUGCCAAAUGAUAUUCUGGAUUUGACAGUUGAUCUUAUCUAUGAAACACAACAACGAUUUCGUAUUCGAAUCUAUGACUCAGUUAAUAAAAGAUUUGAAGUGCCACUCAAUGUGCCCGUGGUAGAAAAAAAAGCUGAUAUGACUGAUUAUGAAGUGAAAGUUGCUCAGAAACCAUUUGCUAUACUAGUUACUCGAAAGUCAACAGGUGUCACAUUAUUUGAUUCAAGUUUAUCUCCACUGAUCUUUGCCGAUCAAUUCAUACAAAUUUCUACUCGCUUAUCAAGUCCGUUGCUUUAUGGCUUUGGAGAGCACACCCAACCAUUGCUGAUCAAUAUAACAAACGAAUGGAAAAGAUUAACGUUUUGGACACGCGAUAUCGGUGUACGACCGGAUACCAAUCUUUAUGGUGUUCAUCCAUUUCACAUCAAUCUUGAACUGAAUAAGACUGGUCAGACAAAUGUUCACGGACAGUUUAUCCUCAAUGCAAAUGCUAUGGAUGUGAAUCUUCAACCAUUGCCUGCUCUAACUUACAUCACUAUUGGUGGCAUCAUUGAUUUGUAUGUGUUCACUGGACCAACAGUUCAGAAUGUCAUUCAACAAUAUUGGGAUGUCAUUGGAAAGCCGUUAAUGCCACCCUAUUGGACACUUGGAUUUCAUCUAUGCCGUUGGGGAUAUGGUACGAUUGAAAACCUAACGGAAGUUAUGCAAAGAAUGCAUGACGCUGAUUUUCCAGUCGAUAUCCAAUGGACCGAUAUUGACACAAUGGACUCCCAUCUUGAUUUUACCUAUGAUAACAAAACAUUCCAUGGUCUACCUGAACUUAUUCGCACAAUGAAAGCUGAAGGCAAACAUUAUGUUAAUAUCAUCGAUCCAGGCAUUAGUUCAACACAACCACCGGGUACUUAUCCACCAUACGAUGAAGGAUUGAAGCAAGGUAUUUUCAUCACCAAAUACAACUCCACUGAACCAAUCGUCGGAGAGGUUUGGCCUGGUCCCACUGUUUUUCCUGAUUUCACAAAUCCUAAAACAGUUGAAUGGUGGACAAAACUACUUGGAGCUUAUCAUGAAAUCAUUCCAGUUGAUGGAAUGUGGAUUGACAUGAAUGAACCAUCAAACUUUGUUGAUGGAUCUCAUGAAGGAUGUACCACUAAUUCUUUAGAUAAUCCACCAUUCACUCCUCAUGUAUACGGCGGAAACAUUACUGCUAAAACUUUAUGUACGUCUGCUCAACAAUACUUGUCAUCCCAUUACAACUUACAUAGUAUGUAUGGUUAUUUUGAAGCAAAAGCAACUAAUGCUGCUCUUAGAACGAUUCUUAAAAAGCGACCAUUUGUUUUGUCACGUUCAACAUUUGCUGGUUCAGGUCACUACACAACUCAUUGGUCUGGUGACAAUACUGCUUCGUUUACAGAUCUUUACCAAUCAAUUCCAACUAUUCUUAACUACAAUAUAUUUGGCAUGACAUUUUCUGGUGCUGAAAUUUGUGGUUUUAAUGGUGAUACUACGGAAGAACUAUGCACAAAAUGGAUGGUGCUAGGUGCUUUCUAUCCAUUUAUGAGAAAUCAUAAUGCAAUUGGUGCUAAAGCUCAAGAUCCCGCAGUUUUCUCAUGGGAAGCUCAACAGAUCAUGAAACAAGCAUUAUUUAUGAGAUAUUCACUACUUCCAUAUUGGUAUACACUCUUUUUUAAAGCAAGUACAAUUUCAACAACGGUGAUAGAACCACUCUUCUUCGAAUAUCCAAAUGAUGAGAAUACUUAUAAUAUUGAUCGACAGUUCCUAGUUGGUCCUGCUAUUCUCGUUUCUCCAAAUUUAGUUUCAAAUUCGUCUAUUGUUCAUGCUUACGUUCCACAAGAUGUUUGGUAUGAAUUUCCAUCAGGUAUACAAAUAACAACGGUAGGACAAUAUGUAGAUUUUGACACACCAAUUCAAAAGAUUAAUGUUCAUAUUCGUGGUGGAUUUAUUAUUCCGAUGCAAAUACCUGGACCUAAUCUAGUUAUCGGUCGUGGGAAUCCAUUUGUAUUACUUGUUGCAUUGUCUCAAUCAGGAAAUGCUAGUGGAAGUCUUUUUUGGGAUGAUGGUGAUUCCAUGGGUAUGUUACAAGUAUUCAUUUCUUGGACUGGAAAACAGUAUGCUGUAAUAAUUUAG